ACAGUUUUCCGAGUUGAUUUUUGUGCCCGGGCUUCUUUUUUUUGCAGGACCUUCCAUGCAUGCAGGACCAAUACCAGUACCAGGACCCCUGUAUAUAAGUGUCAAAGGCAUGUGUUUAGCAUGCCUCAUUUGAGCGCAAAUACACCUGCAGCCAUCAAUUAUGCAAAGAGCCGGAGACCGAAGUCCGUUCCGGGGGCUUUUCGUCAGUGAGGCGUCUCCGUCUCCGGCUUCAGUUUGGGUCCUGGCUUUUUGGCUUGGGGCCUGGCCUGCCUGCGCUUGCCUUUCUGGCCAUGUCCUGUUUAGACCAACUUCUAGUGGCAGGCAGGCAGGCAGGGAGGCGGCACAUUCAACGCCAUCUGCCUCUCUCUUCGUUCAUUCAUUCAACCAGCGCUGCCUUCUCUCUAAAUUAAUUUAUUGGCCUGCCUUGCAUACACCAAAUAACUGCAGUUUGCAUAAUCAUCACACACACACAGACACACACACUCAGGGGAGCUUAUAUAAUAUUUAUACAAACUGCAAGUUGACUGGCAACUCCUUUGGCUGGCUGGCGACUGGCAGAAUGCAGAAAUUUCGGUGAAAUAUCCUUUGAUGGCGAGUCGAUUUCUAUGGCGGGCGGAGGGGGGAACAGGGAUCGUAAAGAGAGGCUCAGACAUUAUAACUAAUCUUGGAUUAAACUCGAAUCGAAGGACCAACAGCCUUUAAGAUUGUUUCCUGGGAGUUUCAGGGAAUUUCUAGAAUAUCUCUAUACAAAAUAUUGGGAUACAGGAAAAGGAGAUAUUCGUUUUCUUUAAACAAAGCAUUUGGUGUAUUUUCUUGGACUAUUUUGACUGCUAAGCCACACUGUGAGAGGGAGAGAGCGCUUUUAGAUAUAUUAUUCAGAGAUGUUUGAAGCGUUUAGAAAUUCUUGUAAUCGAUUAAGUGGCCGAUCCAAAAACCCAAGAAACGGAAACCCCUUUCCGCCUACGCCUCUGUGUGGGCGGGUGCCUCUGUGGCAGUGGCAUGGCUUGUACCUGCCACACGGACAUAAAAUUCAUGCCGCAAAAGGUCAUUGAAAAUCGUUUAUCGAAAACUAAAGUUUAAUUACCAGAACACGCCCAAUUUGCCACGCCCCCCGCCUAAGCCCGUAGCCGUAGUACCCUCGAGCACCCCCACCGAGAAAGGUUGCCUAAUUGAGGGUUAACAAUCUGAAAACUUAUUGAACUAUGAAGCAAGGACAACGCCCAUCUCAUCAAUUAUGCUGUUCAACGCAGGAGGAGAGUCCCCUGUGCUUAGGCUAUAAAAGGCAGCAGGACGACCGGGAUUAUGAGCUGAAAAGUGCAGACGGAGAGCGGCAGUAGAGAGCGAGAUGUUACCUCGAUUCCUCACCUCGUCGCUGGCCAUGGAAAGGCACUAUUUUCUGGUGCCAAUGUUUGCACUGUCGCUGAUUGGAUUCUAUCCGGAACAGGAGCGCACUCUGGGGCUUCGUCUAUGGAGUUUCUUCAACUUUUUCAUCCUAACCUACGGCUGCUAUGCGGAGGCCUACUACGGCAUACACUACAUAUCCAUUGACAUAGCGACUGCCCUGGACGCCCUCUGUCCAGUGGCCUCGAGCAUUCUGUCCCUCCUGAAGAUGGUCUGCAUUUGGUAUUACCAGGACGAGCUCAAGUCGUUGAUUCAAAGGGUCAGAACCUUGACGGAAGCACAGCAUUCGAAGCGGAAGCUGGGCUACAAGAAGCGAUUCUUUACGCUGGCCACCAGGCUGACGACAGUGCUCCUCUGCGCGGGGUUUUGCACGAGCACUUCGUACUCGGUGAGGCAUUUGCUGGACAAUGUGCUGAGACGAGCCCACGGCAAGGACUGGAUCUACGAGACGCCCUUUAAAAUGAUCUUUCCAGAUCCUCUCCUGCGUUUGCCGCUCUAUCCCCUCACCUACAUUCUAGUCCAUUGGCAUGGCUACAUCACAGUCGUUUGCUUUGUGGGAGCCGAUGGUUUCUUUCUCGGCUUCUGUUUGUAUCUGACGGUGCUGCUGCUCUCCCUGCGCGAUGAUGUCAACGAUCUGCUGGAGGUUUCCAACAUAGAAGAGAGCCCCAACGAGGAGAAUGAGGCCCGUAUUGUGCGGGAUAUGGAAAGGCUGGUGGAUCGUCACAAUGAGGUGGCGGAACUCACGGAGCGACUGUCGGGCGUCAUGGUGGAGAUCACCCUGGGACAUUUUGUCACCUCUAGCCUUAUAAUCGGAACCAGUGUGGUGGAUAUGCUGUUGUUUUCUGGCGUUGGCAUCAUCGUUUAUUUGGUGUACACCUGUGCUGUGGGCACUGAAAUCUAUCUGUAUUGCCUGGGAGGGUCACACAUCAUGGAAGCGUGCUCGGAUCUGGCUCGUUCUACGUUCGCCAGUCACUGGUAUGGCCACAGUGUAGGCGUACAGAAGAUGGCUCUCCUGAUGGUGGCCCGCGCUCAAAGGGUCCUCACCAUCAAGAUUCCUUUCUUCUCCCCAUCGCUGGAGACUCUUACGUCGAUUCUACGCUUCACUGGUUCUUUGAUUGCUUUGGCCACGUCCGUGAUUUAGAGGCUAAUCGGGAACUCUUACGUUUUGGAGAUUAAAGAUAAAUAAAACGAAUUGGAAUUGUU